AUGACUGUCCGAAACAUCGCCUCCAUCUGUAAUAUGGGCACCAAUGCCUCUGCUCUGGAAAAAGACAUUGGCCCAGAGCAGUUUCCGAUCAAUGAACACUACUUUGGAUUGGUCAAUUUUGGAAACACAUGCUACUGUAACUCCGUUCUUCAGGCUCUGUACUUCUGCCGGCCGUUCCGGGAGAAUGUGCUGGCAUACAAGGCCCAGCAAAAAAAGAAAGAGAACUUGUUGACAUGCCUGGCAGAUCUUUUCCACAGCAUCGCCACGCAGAAGAAGAAGGUCGGCGUGAUCCCACCAAAGAAGUUCAUUUCGAGGCUAAGAAAAGAAAAUGAUCUCUUUGAUAACUACAUGCAGCAGGACGCCCACGAAUUUUUAAAUUAUUUGCUAAACACUAUUGCGGACAUCCUGCAGGAAGAGAAGAAACAGGAGAAACAAAAUGGAAAGUUAAAAAAUGGCAACAUGAAUGAACCUGCGGAGAAUAAUAAACCAGAACUCACCUGGGUCCAUGAGAUUUUUCAGGGAACGCUCACCAAUGAAACUCGAUGCUUGAACUGUGAAACUGUUAGCAGCAAAGAUGAAGAUUUUCUUGACCUUUCUGUUGAUGUGGAGCAGAACACGUCUAUUACCCACUGUCUAAGAGAUUUCAGCAACACAGAAACACUGUGUAGUGAACAGAAGUAUUAUUGUGAAACUUGCUGCAGCAAACAGGAGGCCCAGAAAAGGAUGAGGGUCAAAAAGCUGCCCAUGAUUUUGGCCCUGCACCUCAAGCGGUUCAAGUACAUGGAGCAGCUCCACAGGUAUACCAAGCUCUCUUACCGAGUGGUCUUCCCGCUGGAACUCCGGCUCUUCAACACCUCCAGCGAUGCAGUCAACCUGGACCGCAUGUACGACCUGGUCGCGGUGGUGGUACACUGCGGCAGUGGUCCUAAUCGUGGGCAUUAUAUUACUAUCGUGAAAAGUCAUGGCUUCUGGCUUUUGUUUGAUGAUGACAUUGUAGAGAAAAUAGAUGCCCAAGCUAUUGAAGAAUUCUAUGGCCUGACAUCAGAUAUAUCAAAAAAUUCAGAAUCUGGAUAUAUUUUAUUCUAUCAGUCAAGAGAAUAA